AUGUCGAUAGCCUUCAGCCCAUCUUUUUGGCUCAUUGCAUAUUAUUAUUCGAUAGGCUUCAUCUCAUUGAUUUUCAACGUUAUCACUAUAUUAUUGAUAGUUUUCAAGAGCUAUAAGCUAGACAGCUUCAAGUAUUAUUUGUUGGCUUAUCAGGUAUCAUGUGCAAAUUAUGUGCUCCAGCUGACAAUUUUGUUCCAGCCGAUGCCCUUAUUCCCGUUACUGGGAGGAUAUUGCCAAGGAUUUUUGGCCACGUAUCUAGGAAUUUGGGCUCAUUAUAUGAUCACAAUAAACAUUGCUUCCGCCGUAAUUGAAGUCGAGCUCCUCACAAUCUGCUUUAUAAUGAAACAACAAUCUUUAUCCCUUAUCAUCAACAAACAUGUGAUCCCCGAAAGUCUUCUGUACACCGGAGCUGGAGCCUUCAUCUACAUACCCUUAUCAGUUUUUCUUACAUUCCGCCAAAUCACUAUGAGCCAAGAGGAUCAGAUGGCCUAUAUCGCUACGAAUCAUCCAGAAUACCACAGGAACUUCGAGGAGCUUCAGAAUUUUGCAAUUUUUCAUUUCAACUCAUGGUGCUAUUAUCUGGUGGUAGUUACUAUUUCAGGAGGACUUUUUUGCGGAGGCGCUGCGAUUUUCACAACGGCUGAUAUGUUUCGGAUGAUGAAGGACCUACAGACUAGGGUGUCCAGGUCGAGCCUGAAGCGGUACAGAGCUACGAUUCAAAGCCUUAUUGCUCAGUUGGUCGUUUCCAUGAUGCUAGUCGUACCUUUAACGACUUUUGUGGCCCUGAUCUUCAAUAAAUCUGAAUAUGCGCAAGCAAUCGCCCAAUUCUGCCUAGCAAUCUGUGCACUUCAUUCAAUAGUCAACGCUGGCGUUCUGAUCCUAUCCACCUCUCAGUACAGGAAUUUCCUAGCAAGGAAACUACCGCAACCAAAAUUCUUCAAAUCAUCUUCGAUUCAUCCUCACGGCCGAGUUCAGCUGAUUGCGACGAUGUAG